ACAAGCAAAUCUCUUAUGCAAUUAAAAAAAGGAAAAAAAUUUGUUUUCCGCAUUUUUAUCGCUCUCUUCAUCUGGUAAAUAUCGACGAGAAAAAGUGAAAUUAUUUACACAUUUAUCGGGCGACCCAAGAUUCAUUCAGACGACAAUCAGAAGGAUGGCUACUGUUGAUUUGACUUCUCUUCGGUUGAAGUAUCGUAGUGAAAAAGAUAAAUUUCUAGAAGAAAAUAUUGCUGUGAAGGAACCAUUCCAUUUGUUCAAAUCGUGGUUGAGCGAAGCUGUUGAAACACCAGAAAUUCUCGAGCCAAAUGCAUUUUGCCUGUCUACAGUUUCAAAAACCAAUUUCCCAUCUGCGCGAUUUGUGUUGAUGAAAGGAGUCGAAGACGAUGGUGUGACAUUUUUCACAAAUUACGGUAGCCGCAAAGCACAAGAGAUUGAAUCAAAUCCAAAUGUUGCUGCUACAUUCUAUUGGUUACCGUUGCGUCGACAAGUUCGAAUUGAGGGUGUUGCAUCAAAGUUAUCACGAGAAAAAUCUGAAGAAUACUUCCAUCAGCGUCCACGUGCUAGUCAAAUUGGUGCCGUAGCAAGUCCACAGAGUCAAACGAUUCCUAAUCGAGACCAUUUGGACAAAAUUGAAAAUGAUAUCAAAGAAAAACUCGGUCCAGACGGUGUUGUCCCAUUGCCAAACUGGGGUGGAUAUUUGAUCAAGCCACAUUGGUUUGAAUUCUGGCAAGGACAAACCAAUCGAUUACAUGACCGAAUCAUAUUUCGACGCCCGAAAUCAGAUGACAACAAAGAGCUCGUGCACGAUGGUGAAAAUGGUUGGGUUUAUGAACGACUAGCACCAUAAUUGGUUCCACAACUGAUUUAUAUCAAUCGUCAAUUUAUUUUUCAUGGCAGCCGGUUCAAAAAAUCACAUUAUUAAUGUCUUCCAAUGUAUCAAAUUCAGGGAUUUUGUUCAAAUUAGUAAAACAUGAUUAUAUUGUCUGAAGAGUGGAAUCCCAGCAUAAAAUAGAAUGGAAAUUGUAUUGUAGAUUGAUUGAAGGUAUUGAAUAAAGGAAUCGUAUUACAUUAAA